AUGUCACCUGUUGGCCCUCGAGUCUCCAAGGAAGAAUUUAUGCUAGCGCUAGGUCUGAACCCACAGGAUGCACAACAUGAACAGUAUUACCGAGCCAUGCGAGAUGAGGCAAUCAUAGUUUAUAAUCGCAUGCAUCAGGAUACUUCGCAUCUCCUUGAUAGUGUGCGUACCGACCCCACCACGCGACCUCCUUUCUUUUGGCACCAUAUUCGACCAGAUAGACAGCGCUGGGCGAUAACGGAAAUCUGGCGCAACGCAGCUCCUCUCACACGCCCGCUCUUCGAUCGUGGUGGAACGAAUGGCGAAUAUGGGCCGAAUUGGGUUUCGGAUCCAAAAAAAGCAAAGCAGAACGAAGAAGCUGCCUCGCCGAAGAAAGGGUACUACGACCCAGUGCGAAAUGGGACACUUUAG